AAACAUCGUCGACGGACAUCGCGGGCUCAGCUCAAGGUAUUGGAAAAGUCCUUUUCCGAGAACUCCAAGCCCAACGCUACUGUCCGCCGCAUCCUCGCACAGAAGCUUGACAUGACGCCUCGUGGUGUCCAAAUUUGGUUCCAAAACCGAAGAGCAAAAGCCAAG